AUGAGUUUAAGAUAUGGAGUUGGUAGUGCUACCACGGCAUUGGCUGUAGUCGGAGCUUAUAUGCUCUUUACUGGCGACGGAGAAGCUUUUAAUGUCGGACAAUUCCUCGAAGACGUAUCACCUCACGCUUGGGCAAGUUUAGGCAUCGGACUUUGCAUUGGAUUGUCAGUCGUUGGAGCUGCAUGGGGAAUCUUGAUAACAGGCUCAUCGAUUAUCGGUGGUGGUGUCCGCGCCCCUCGCAUCCGAACGAAGAACCUCAUCUCCAUCAUCUUCUGCGAAGUUGUCGCCAUUUACGGCGUCAUCAUGUCCAUUGUCUUCUCGGCAAAGCUCAAAUUCGUACAAGGGGAUGCUCUGUAUUCAGGAAGCAACUACUACACUGGAUAUGCGUUGUUCUGGGCUGGCUUAACAGUGGGGAUGUGUAAUUUGAUCUGUGGUGUGUCUGUGGGGAUCAAUGGUAGUGGCGCAGCGCUGGCUGAUGCUGCUGAUCCGAGUUUAUUCGUCAAGAUUCUCGUCAUUGAAAUCUUCAGCUCUGUUCUCGGACUGUUUGGCUUGAUCAUCGGGUUAUUGGUAUCUUCCAAGGCUUUGGAGUUCCAAGGAGCAGAUGGAUAG